AUGGCGUUUCUCCAGGCAAGGUUGUCGUCGACGGCGGUGGCGGUUCUGCUGCUGCUCGUGGCCGCGGUAGAGGUACAAAUGCUCGUCGUCGACGCAGCAUCGGCGUCGGCAAAGAAGCCGGUGGUGCCGGCGGUGAUCGUGUUCGGGGACUCGACGGUGGACACAGGCAACAACAACGCGAUCAACACGGUGCUGAAGAGCAACUUCCCGCCGUACGGGCGCGACCUGCACCUUCCGGGCGGCGGCGCCACGGGGCGGUUCUGCAACGGUCGCAUGCCACCGGACUUCGUCUCCGAGGCGCUCGGCCUGCCGUUGCUCGUGCCGGCGUACCUCGACCCCGCCUACAGUAUCAAGGACUUCGCCACGGGUGUCGUCUUCGCCUCCGCCGGCAGCGGCCUCAACAACAGCACCGCCAGCGUUCUGGCGGUGCUCCCGCUAUGGAAGGAGGUGGAGUACUUCCAGGAGUACCAGCAGCGGCUAGCGGAGCACGUCGGGCCCGAUGGCGCCAAGCACAUCGUCUCCAACGCCGCCUACAUCGUCAGCGUCGGCACCAAUGACUUCCUGGAGAACUACUACCUCCUGGUCACCGGCCGGUUCCUGGAGUACAGCAUGUCCGAGUACACCGACUUCCUCGUCGCGCGCGCCGAGGAGUUCCUGACGACCAUCUACAGGCUGGGCGCGCGGCGGGUCACCUUCGCGGGGCUGCCGGCCAUGGGGUGCCUGCCGCUGGAGCGCACUCUCAACGUGAUCCGCGGCGGCGGCUGCAACGAGGAGUACAACAUGGUGGCUAGGGAAUACAACGUCAGGGUCAACGCCAUGAUGGCCAGGCUCCGGGCCAAGCUCCAAGGGUUCAGGCUCGCCUACGUCGACGUCUACAAUAGCAUGGUGGACGUCAUCAGCCAUCCCGAGAAGCUCGGGCUGGAGAACGUCUCCGAAGGGUGCUGCGCCACGGGGAAGGUCGAGAUGGCCUACCUCUGCAACGACGUCUCCCCGUUCACAUGCCACGAUGCUGGCAAGUACUUCUUCUGGGACUCGUUCCAUCCCACCGAGAAGCUCAACCGCUUCUUCUCCACAGGGAUCACCAAGGCUCUCCUAGAGAUACUCUAGCAGAUCCCCGUAUCCCGUGGCAUUAAAAAAUACGGAAAAAGGCACG